AAAUCUCCACACAUGAACAUUUAAUAUAUUGGAUAAAACCUCGAUACUCACUUUGUUGGUUUUUCUAGUGGGCUUUUGUACUUCCUUAUUUUCUCCUCCAUCACUAACCCAAAUGUUCCCAAUAUCUAGAUAACCAAACUUUAAUGGCAACCUCUGACAUGACAUUUUGUUAGGAGUGUAAUUCCAUAAUGCAUCCACGCCACUGCAGUACGUCUACGCUGGUUGAGUAUAUAUAAAUUGCAACUCUUAUUAUUCUAGUCGUUACACACAUAUAUACAAGUAUAUAGUGUAUAUAUAUGUUUACGUAAUCUUAUUAUUAUAAGAUCAAAUUGUCUUUUAAACUUCAUUAAUCUUGUUUAUGCGCCUAAAUGGGGAAGGAAGGGGGUACAUCUUGGUUUAGUGCUGUAAAAAAGGUUUUCAGAUCUCCUACUAAAUUAUCUCCCAAGAAAAACUGCAAAAGAAGAGAAGAAUUUUCCAGAGAAGAUGAAGAUGAAGGAAAGAAAACAGAGAAAAGAAGAUGGAUUUUCAGAAAGCUUAUAAGUCAUAAUCAACAUUAUGAGGCUAAUGUGAGUAGCAAUGAAAAACCAGCUAAAGCAGUUGUUGUGGCAACUGCUCACAUAGGAGUUAGAGUUCAGGAAAUAAUACCUGCGUAUUUGGCUAGAGAAUACUAUGCUGCUUUAAUUAUUCAAACAUGUUUCAGAGGCUACUUAGCAAGGCGAGCGUUGCGCGCAUUGAAGGGUAUUGUGAAGCUUCAAGCAUUAGUGAGGGGUCAUAACAUGAGAAAGCAAGCAAAGACAACACUAAAAUGCAUGCAAACUCUUGUUCGUGUACAAGCUAAAAUUCGUGAAAAAUCUCUACCAAGGCUUUCGAAUGAUCAAACCCGGAAGUCAAUGUAUGCUGAAAGUAAUAACUUAUGGGACAAAUACAAAGACAUCCACCAAAGGAAAUCAAUGUAUGAAGAUGAGCAUAACAUCGAAGAUCGAUACAAAGUCAAUUCGUACACAAUAGAAGAUAUUGAAGCCAUAUUGCAAAGCAGAAAGGAUGCAUCUUUAGACCGUGAACAAGCCCUUGCCUAUGCUUUAUCUCAACAGAUACGAAGAUUCGACCGCAAAACAUGUAUGAAUGAUGAGGAAAACAAGGACAGUGAAUGGCUCAGUCAAUGGUUAGAAUCAAAAGAGUACAGUGAGAAUAACAACAGAUUAACAACAACACAGAGAAUAGAAGCUAUAAAAGAUAUUGAAAUGGAAUCAUUACAACCUCACCUUAGGACACCAAGUACAAGAAGGCAUAGUCUACAUGUUGCCUCCUCUCCCCUCAACAAUACAACGCGCCCCACAACCCCAUUUUUACACGAGAUAAGGCCACGACAAGUUCAAUCAGCAAGCCCGCGAUGUGCUAAGGCCGGGUUUAGAAGCCACUCAGCUGCAAACACCCCUAGCUUACGCGUAAGCUGUCCAACUGCAACCACACCAAACUACAUGGCAGCCACAGAAUCAGCAAAGGCUAGAGCUAGGACUCAAAGUACACCAAGGCAGAGACAUUCGACAUCAGAUAGAGAAAGAGGCGGUUCAGCGAAGAAAAGACUGUCAUUUCCUCUUCCUGAGCCACACUAUAAAGGCAGCAUUUACACAGACUAUAGUCGCUUUAGCCAGAACUUAAGAAGUCCAAGCUUCAGAAGUGUUCAAGAAGGUUUGCAUUGUGUUGAGAAAGGAACCACAUGUUCUUCUUCUUACACUGAUUUAACUGGGGGAGAAAUUUCCCCUGCUUCAACAACUCAUCUAAGAAGGCAAUGCCCAACAAUUGCGCCAAACACUAAGCGAUCUUGGCGGAACCAAGUGAGGGCAGCGGGAUUAGCCACGGAAACACCAUCAGCGGUGAUCGAGGCGGGAGGAGAGGGGUAGCUGCCAUCAACAAACUUCCAUAGGUCGUAGCCUAGUAGAGUUGCUUGAAGAUGAGUUUUCCAAGCAAUGUAAUUUGUAGAAGUUAACUUAAUGGAGUUAUGAACUUGAAUUAAAGUAAAAGGUUUGGAGGGAUCAGCAUGGUUGGGCAUGACCGUGUCGUGUACCAUGAUGGCUGAUGGAGUUGAGGGAAAAAAAAUGAAAGGAUCUAAAAGCUUGAUACCAUAUAAGAUAUGUGAUAGGUUUUGAAUGAAUUAAUAUUGAAGUAUAAGGCCUCCUUAAAUAGGCAUACAAAGCUAACUGUUAGGAAAUA